CGAUGCAGAUCGUGUUACUUAUCGCGGUGACUCUAUUCGCAAUCGUGGCAAAUUCUCAGCUGGACUCAGCGUGCGGGGCUGGCCAGCAGCGCCUGGAGCAAGCGAUAACCAGCAGCGCUGACUCUCCAAAGCAGCUACAGAACAUAGCGAAUACGUGCAUACCAUGCCUGCGCAAUACCUUUCGCAACUCAAGCAUGCCCUCCUGCGCAAGGUGCCCCAACGGCACCAUCGCCUACCUCGGAGCCACUACCUGCUCGGUGUGUGAUCCCGGCCGCGUUCUCACGAACGCCCCCGGCGCGGUGGGGCUCUCCUCCUUUGACUGGAGCUACUAUGGCUGGCAGCAGUCGCCGAUCGAUUGCUACGACUGCCCGCUCGGCACCUUCUCCAACAGCUCUGGAUCCACCGCCUGCACCCCCUGCCCCCUCGGCUACUACACCGCCCAGCCCCGCUCCACGAGCUGCCAGCUGUGCCCGGCGGGGCGCUACGUGCCGCCGGGGGACAACCGGUGCCUGCCCUGCCCCCCGGAGACGUACAACCCCUUGCCGGGACAGACCGCCUGCACGCGCUGCCCCUUCACCUACACCACCGCCCCCGAGGGCGGCGCGGCGGCUUGCAUCCGCUGUCCCGCCGGCAGCUACACCUACAGCAGCGCGGCCGCCAGCCCCCGCGACUACGGCAAAUGCUUCGCCUGCGCUCCCAACACCUACAACGACGAGCCCGGGUAUUCGGGCACUGCCUGCAAGGCCUGCCCGCUGGGCUACGUCUCGCCGGCCCGGUCCACCAGCGUCGCCAACUGCACGGUGUGCGUCCCGGGCCGCUUCAUCCUCGAUGACUACGAAUCGCGGUACAAGCCCGAGUACCUCCAAUGCACCGCCUGCCCAGCCAACACCUACAACCCCAACGGAGGCCUGAGCGGCCCCGGCUGCCCCGCCUGCCCCCGCGGCUCCACGUCGACCCCCGGCUCGCCAAACUGCACCGUGUGCGCCGCCGGUCGCUUCGUUUCCGACGACCCUGCCUACAGCGUCCGCUCUAUCUACAUGACCUGCAUCGCCUGCCCCGCCAACACCUACAACCCGCAGCCGGGGCUGCAGGCAUCGGGUUGCGCGCAGUGCCCUGCCGGCACAGUGGCGCCGCCGGGCUCGUCGAACGCCACGGCCUGCUCGCCGUGCGCGCCCGGGUCCUUCUUCGACAACUCCACCGCCACCAGCGCCACCGGCGCCACGUGUGUGAGCUGCCCCGUUGGCAGCUUUGCCUACGCGCCCGGCACUGUGGGCGGGUGCACGGCCUGCCCCGACGGCCUCACGUCCCGAGAAGGCGCGACCUCGGCUGAGGACUGCGUGCCGUGCCCACGUGGCACGUACCACGUGCCCUACCCGGCCAACGCGUCAGUAGUCACCCCGCCGGGCAGCAGCAGCAGCUCCCGAGACACGCUAGGCCGGUGCCAGCCCUGUCCCGCCAACACCUACUCCAACACGACGGGGGUGGCGGGCGUGGCUUCCUGCACUGCCUGCCCGCCCGGGCACACGGCCCCGGCGGGCUCCACCUCGCCAGCUGCGUGUGUGGCCUGCCCCGCCGGGCGUUUCGUGGAUACGGCGUCGGGUCGCUGCACCGACUGUCCCGCGGGCACGUUUGGCGCCGCGCCCCAGGCCACGGCGUGUCAGGACUGCCCCCUGGGCAGCACCACCAAGGUCGCCGGCUCCACGUCUUGCACCCCCUGCGCCGACCUGGAGGGUGGCGUGCUGCAGCUGUCGCCCGCAGGCGCCGCCGCCAGGCCCCCCGCCUGCGCGCCCUGCGCCGCCGGCCCACUCUUGGCCGCCGGCGCCUUCACCUGCCCGCCCGGCCACGGACGUCUGGGCGGCUGCGAGCCGUGGCAGCCCUGCGAGCCCUGCCCCGCCGGCGCCUACGGCGCCACAACUGCUGACCUGCUGUGGGACGUGUGUCGGUCGUGCCCCGCCGGAAGCUUCGGGAACUCCAGCGCCGCGACCUCAUGCGUUGCGUGCGAGCCCGGGACCACCACGGCCAGCGCGGGGGCCACAGCGUGCGUGCCGUGCCCCGCGGGUACGUACGGCGUGCCGGUUACAGCAGGCGGCGCAGUGGCGGGCGGCGGUGGCGGCGGCGGCGCGGCGGUUGGGGCCACGUGCGUGCCGUGCCCGCCCGGGACGUUUGGUGGGGGAGAGGGUGUGGCGGGCGUGGCGGUGGCAUGCGUGGCCUGCCCGCCCGGCCGCACCCAUUUUCUUCAGGGCCGCACCAACGCUUCCGCCUGUGCGGUGCCACUGUUUGUGGAGGCGGCUGCUGGCGGCGAGGGCGGCAGCGGAGGCGGCGGGGGCGGCGGUGCAGGCGGCGCCGCCGCCGCCACCCGCCGCGUCCGCAUGCGGGAGUCUGUGACCUGGGUGUCAGACGUGACGUCGGUGACCGGCGGCAGUGUGAUGAGCGGGCACAACGAGCGCGCCACGACGGAUCGCGAGGUGGUGGUGGAGCUGAACGGCUCGGGGGUGGACGCCAGCGGCCUGGGGUAUGACUCAGACACGGAGACGUUCCGCACGGUGCCCGGCAACCCCGGCGGCACCGUGACGGUGCGGCCGCUGAGCCCGCAGGUGCCCGUCGGCGUCACCGGCUACCGCCUGUUCCGGCUGGCUGCGGGCGCUGGGGCCGCCGGUCCCAUCGUCAUCACCACCAACACCACCAACACCACCAACACCACCAACAGCAACAUCACCAACACCAAUAGCUCCACCCAGCAGCAAACACAAACGGGGGUGGCGACGUACGUGCUGUCUGUGUCAUACCGGGACGGCGCCUUCGUGACUUGCAGGGCAGCGGGCCCGCCGCCGCCGCCUUUUGAGGCCGCCGGUGCUGGGAGCAGCGGCAGCGGCGGCGGCGGCAGUGGCGGUGGCGGCGGUGAUGGGGAGGCGGGGGCGGCGCUGGAGUGGGGCUUGCAGCUGGAAUGUACGCGGACCUGGGAGUCUAGCUCGAGCGGCGGGCUGGAUGGCAGCGCUACCUCCACAAACGUAGUGGAGACGCUUCGGCUCACGGCUGUUGUCGGUUAGGUAGGCGGUUAGGUACGGUUGGGCUGUCAGUUACAUUCAGUUAGUGUGGCGUUUCAGCGGCUGACGGUUAGGCGGCAGGCGGUACGUGCUGGGUACGUACCAGGGUACUAUGGCAGCCUUGAUUCCGCAUUCUCGCCGGCCUUCAUUAUUCCGCAUUUUUAACCGGUCAGUCAAUGCGCGUCUCAGGGUGGCGUUUAGGGUACGGGUUCCCUUUGCGUGUGGGUGGACAUCCUAGAAGGUCAUACGUAGUCCAUAAGGACUACCGAAUGGCUGCUGUACGGUGUGUAGUCUGUAGUGCGCCUUCUUUGGUCAGCGUGUCCCCGCAACAACGCGGCAGUGCCGCAGCGCUCGUAUUCCUUUUUUCGGACAACAACAUUUGGCUCGAAAAGCCGCCAACUGCAUUUGUCUAAACCUUUCACGAUGCCCCUCAAAUACAGGGAAGGUGGCUCGACAUGAGGUGUGUGUACAGAGGUUACAAUAAGUACGGACUGCACGGCGGUUUGCAUGAAGGCACAGCGCGCAGGAAUGAGUGUAGCAAGUUUUGAAAGUGGGAAUGCCAUGGAGUACAGAGCGCCAGCGUUGUGGAGCUGUUAGCAUUAUCCAUGAGGAGUCCGAACGGAAGAGCCGGGGGACGUUCGCUGGGAGGUUGGGCAGCUUGUACGGUUCAGGGAGACACUGCACGGGGGAGAGACAGGAUGCGGGGCGGAUUGGAAAUGGCCUGGGUCUGCUUGGCUUGGAGCAAGGCCUGGAUUUCGUGUGUACCGUAUCCGAGUAGUCACGAUGCCCUCAAAUUGGGACAUUCUUGUAAGAGUCCACAGCGUUUACCGUCGAUUACGAGGUAACAUGUGAGUUCGCAACUUGCGCUACUGACUGCCUACUCUCGUGCCGCCUGCAAGCCCACUCCGCCCUCCGCUCUGGUCUGCGUACGCAUUAGUUCCGCAAAACUCGUCAUUAAGAGUACGACAAUAGACAGGAGUCCCUGGUUGUGUCGCGCCAUUAUGCCGGCAUGGCAUUUCGCCGGCAGCAGGGGCUCACCGUGCCAUGGUUGUGGGGGUAAUAAGUUCGUGCCAUGCAGCGGGAUGAGGCUAUCGCCCGGCUAAAAUAAGGGCGCAGCGCCGGCCGGCCUGUACCGGCGUUGCUGCCUCGUUACUCCCAAUGUGCAUGUGCAAUGUUUACUCUUGUGUGCACCAACAACGGAUCGACGUCUGUAACGAACUCUGGUGGACAGCGCACUGGCUGGGUUCCGGAAGUCAUCUGUUGGGGCGUCUUCGGGUUGCAGCCAAGUCUAGGCGCGCAGGCGCAUAGCAACGUCACUCUAGCCUAGCAACCACGUAUCACCGUCAGCUGAGCUGCCAAACGGACUAGUUAGGCGAGGAGACAGCCGCCGGCUCCACAAGUCUCGGAUACCGGUUCUCGAG